CUUUUGCAUCACCAUUGUCUCUUUGUGAUAAUUCUCUCUAUAAUUCCAAGAAAACCCAUUUUCAAGAGGAAUUGUAGAGCUGCAAAAAAAAAUCAGUUCUUUGUGUGAAGAAAUGGAGGCAAUGAAGAUGAAGGUUUUGGUUACAUUGAUGGUGGUGGUGUUGAUGGCAACGUCAUCAAUUCAAAUGGCUGCAGCAGCUGAUUCACCUGCUCCUGCACCUGCAUCUGAUGCUGCUGUGUUUGUGCCUACUUUCUUUGCAUCUUUGGCGGCACUUGCUUUUGGGUUGGUCUUCUAGACAGACAGAGACAGCCUUGGCUUGGUUUUCUCAUUUUUCUCUCUUUCUCACUUUCUCUCUAGGUCUUUUUUGGGACCAUGAGAGAAGGGGAAGGGAAGGGAAAUGGGUUGAGAUUCUUUUUCUCUCUAUAUGUAUUAAAUUAUUUGGGGAUUUUAGGUUUGAUUUUGAUUAUAUAUCAUUGUUGGGGUUUGUGUUAUGAUGUGUUUGAUGGCAUUAUUGUAAUAUAGCAUGACUUCAUAUUUAUGAUUCUUGUGAAUUUCUUGUGCUUGUGAUUUAUUGAUUCUAGCAAUAAAUCUUUCAUUAGUUGA